UACCGGGCUGGCCGCUCAGCUCUUCUCUGCAGCAGAACCUUACCUGUUCCUUGGUCCAGCACUGUGCAGUCUUCCCAUGCCGGCUUCUUCUGUCGUCAGGCUCUUAGUCAUCCCCUGUACUGUCUGCAGUCUCUGGUCAUCUCCUGUACUGUCCGCAGUCUCUGGUCACUCCCUGUACUGUGUCCGCAGUCUCUGGUCAUCAUCUCCUGUAAUAUGUCCGCAGUCUCUGGUCCUCUCCUGUACUAUGUCUGCAGUCUCUGGUCCUCUCCUGUACUAUGUCUGCAGUCUCUGGUCAUCUCCUGUACUAUGUCUGCAGUCUCUGGUCAUCUCCUGUACUAUGUCUGCAGUCUCUGGCCAUUUCCUGUACUAUGUCUGUAGU